CGCCGCCCUACCCUGUGCAGGACCAGAUGCUGGAGGACCGCGCCGCGAUGGGACCCCAGUUCCAGGCGCUCAUCGGCGAGCAGGGCGACGCCCAGGGCGACUCGUCGGACUCGGACCAGCAGCCGCAGUCCGCCUCGCAGCACUCCAAGAGGGAGGAGCCCCGCCAGGAACAGGAUAGCGGCAAGGACCGCGACGACAAGGAGGACGACCAGCAGGAGAACGCCGUCGACCCGCCCAUCCACCUCAAGCUGCCCCUGCAGCUCGACUUCGACGACCUGGCCGGCGCCCUGAUGGAGCGCAACCAGCGCUCGCGCAUGAACUGCGUGGUGGAGAAGAGGCGCGCCGAGGAGGUGGUGGACCACCAGCCCCGCACCGUCCGCCUGCCGUUCGGACUCAACCUGACCACGGACCCGCGCUACGAGCACGUCUCCGGCGAGAGGAUGGCCAUCUUCUGCGAGAGCGGCAACGACCAGCGCCACAUCCCCAUGGACCAGAUGCAGCCCAUCGUGGUCCCGAUCCAGCAGGCGCCCAUGCAGCCCACCCACCAGCAGGUCCAGCAGCAGAUGCAGCAGCAGCACCAGCAGCAGAUGCAGCAGCAGCUCCAGCAGCAGAUCCAGAUGCACCUCCAGCAGCAGAUGCAGCGUCAGCACGAGGAGCAGCAGAUGCAGCAGCAGCUCCAGCAGCAGAUCCAGAUGCACCUCCAGCAGCAGAUGCAGCGUCAGCACGAGGAGCAGAUGCAGCGUCAGCAACAACAGCAGCAGCAGCAGUUUGGACCCCCUCCCCAGCAGCAGAUGCCCAUCCAG